CCGUCUGCCUUGCAGAAACGAAUGCUUUGCCCGCUCAAAUUUGUGACAUGUCAAACGGGUAUUAGUAGUCCUUAAUAGGCCUACGUAUCACGCACAUUCACCCGCUCAAAUUCGAAGUUGCUCCCGCGUAUACUCACACAGAGAUGGCUCUUGAUGCACACCUAGAUUUAAUCAAAACUAUGAUGUCAAAUGGCAAAACUUACAAUGAAAUUUCCAAUACGUUGGUUUCAAUGGGUUUGGAGAAAGGCGCGUCGGUCCCGAGUAUAAAGAAAUUCUGCGCAAGUCGGAACCUAAAAAAAAAUAGACUGGUGUCAAAGUGUCAGUUGGAGGGCGCAGUUGUGGAUGCAAUUCAAGAGGUAAACGGCCUUCAUAUGAUAAUAAGUUUGAACAUUGCUCACUGCCAGGUAGAGCAGCGGCGCUGCCUGUAGUAGGCCUACAUAAACAGCAAUUGAUAGCAUCAUAUUUAAUUUAAUGGUUGUAAACUGCCUAUUCACAAACGGGAUAGCCUGAUUUGAAGACUGACAUUUUUGUCAUGCAUUACUCUUCAGAUCAUGAUGGCAACACAAAUAACUGCAUAUUGGUGCUGGGUGGCCAGCUCUUGGCCACAGUGGCACUACACAAUGAACGGAUUUGUCACCCGUGUUCUGCUGAAAAAAGCACCUGUACGCAUGCCGAGAAAAACUUGCUCCGCUAGAAGCCCAGUAACAUGUUAGGGCUGGACAAUUAAUCGAAUUUUAAUCAUGAUUACAAUCAUGCCUUCUAACAAUUAUAAAAACACUGUAAUCGAAGAAAAAUCAUUAAUGUCACAUGUAUAACAGGAACACAUAUAGACUGGCUAUUCAUUUUUUUAUUACCAUUAUUAUUUUAAUAUAUUAUUUUACUCCUUUACUUAUUUCAAAUUUAUUUGCAGUUGUUUCUUUAAAAAGUUAUAUUUGAGGUUGAGCUUUGGUGGUUCAAUAAACACUUAUUAAAAUCAAUAAAUAAUCGUGUACAUUAAUCGUGAUUUCAAUAUCAAUCAGAAGAAUUGUGAUUAUUAUUUUUUCCAUAAUCGUCCAGUCUACUACUGGUCUAACCACAGCCAAUGUAUCUUUAUGAUACUAUAACAUUUUAUGUGUCCAAACCUCAGCUUGUGUGUGUGUUUGUGUUUAAUACCUUUUAUUCUUUUUUAGACAGGGCCGACUUAUGGUCGGAGGUUGAUGAAGGGAUACCUCCAUAGCAAAGGCAUCCAUGCCUCAGAAAUGAGAGUUGCAGCUGCACUGAAGGCUGUUCAGCCUCCUUACCACGAGACUCGUUGCCAAGGCUUGAGGAAUCUCAAUCCCAUGCCGUAUCAAGCGGCAUAUUUUGGUCAAAAGCUUCACAUGGACCAAAAUGAAAAGAUGGCCAUGUAUGGGGUGACAUAUGUGGUGGCCAUAGAUGGCUAUAGCAGCAAGAUUGUGGCCUACUCCAUCAUGCCUGUAAAAAACAAUCUUGUUAUAUAUGAUGAAGUGUACAGGAAUGCUGUUGUGACCUAUGGCCUUUGGGAUCAGCUGAGGGUGGAUCACGGAGGAGAAUUCUAUCUCUCACUCUAUAUCCAGGAAAAACUGUCAGGGUACAGGUUUCGGCAAGACAGGGAACCAUGCCAGCAGACAGCAUCAACAAGGAACCACAGGAUCGAACGUGUGUGGCCAGAGGUGAACAACAGGGUCACCUAUCCACUGAAGGCAGCCCUGGUUCACCUGGUGGACCAAGAGCUUAUUGAUAUGGACGACAGCACAGUCCGAUACUGUGUGUCAAACCUGACCUGUCAGGUAGCCAGGAUCGGAAUCCAACGCUUUAUUGAUGCUUGGAAUUCUCACACAGUUUCAGGAAGAGGGAUUCCAAAUGUCCUGGCUGAAGGUGGAUGUCAGGUGAAGCUGUCAGAACAACAUCUGCCAGGUUCAGCAGAGGCUGCUGAUCUCUACCUGCAGGAGAGGGGGGCAAACCUGACCAGAGAGUCAAUAUUUGGCACCAAUCCCUUUCAGUCUCUGGAAGACCAGCAAAAUGCAGAACAGCAGUUCAACAUUGCAUACCCAGACUUGGGGAGUCUGUUUAACAGUGCCGUGAACCAACAGCAUCGCCCCUUCCAGGAAGCUGUAAUGGAGCUGAUCUCUGUUUUGCGGAGACAACAAGUCUAGAGGGAAAUAUGUGUUUAAUUUUCUUUUGUCCAUAUUUGGUCAUUGUUUGCGUUAAUGGUUAUAUAUGGUUCUUGUUGUUACUUGUUUAAGUUAGUUAAAUAGUUCUGUUGAGAUGUGUUAUGUGGUCGGAAUAAAUGACAUUGUGUUUGCACUCUU